AUGUCGUCACCAACAGAUGGCACUGAGUUGCCCCCGGGCUCCUUCGAUGACCGCUCUCCUCCCUUGGUGGCUCUCUGCAUUGCCAUGAUUGUCGUCAUCUCGGUCAUGAUGGCACUUCGCUUUGCCUCGCGACUCAUCGCAGAGAGCUCGCCUGGGCAUUUCAAAAGUCUUUGGUGGGAUGAUUGGACAGCUUUAGUAUCCACGAUAUUCAUGUUGGUGCAGCUCGUCAUGAGCUUGGUCAUGUUCGACUUGGGAUCCGGAAAGCACAUUUGGGUCGUGCCGCCCGAGAACGUCGUCAAGAUUCUGCGCAUGCUUUUCGCCGUCUACUUCAUCUACGACAUACAUCUCGCCAUGGCCAAGGCAUCCGCCCUGUUUUUCCUCGCCCGCAUCUUUCCUCCCAACGUGUCGCCGCCAUGGUUCAACAAUGCCGUCAUCAUCACCCACGCCGCCAACGCUGCCUGGUUUAUUGGCAUUGUGUUGGGCACCAUCUUCCAGUGCAAGUCGCUCAGGAACUGGCACCCAAUGCUUCCUGGGAAAUGCACCGAUGCGUCAGUGCUGUUCAUGGGCAGUGCCAUUCCCAGUGUCGUCAUCGAUCUUGCCAUUUUGCUGAUUCCCAUGCCGAAAAUAUGGGGUUUGAAGAUGACGCCCUGGAGGAAGAUGGCUGUCAUUGGCAUCUUCACGCUCGGUUACUGCUCCAUCGUCGUAUCCCUGGGUCGACUGGUUACCGUCAUCAAGAUGGGAGAUGACAUCACUCGCGACAUUACUUAUGAGGCUGCGCCGACCUUCUACUGGUUCACCAUCGAGACGCCGGCGAUCCUUAUCAGUAUCUGUAUUCCGGCCAUAUUAUCUCUGUCCCGGUUCUUGGACGCUCUAUACUUCAAGCCUUUGGCAAGCAAGAUCUCGUUGGCGUGGUCGAGCCAAAGCCGAGGAACUCUCAUGACCGAGCAGUACGACAACGCCGUUUCCUCGCGCAUGGCAUCCUCCAAGUCAAAGUACGUCAAUGACUCUGAGCUCAACGCCAGCGCCACCAACGAGAGUCAAAGCAGGAUAUGUUUGCCGUCACAGCAGCAUGGCCACUACUCGGUCGAGGUGACUGGAUGGGAGAUGCAGGGUCAGUCGCCACAUCGUCAGAGCACGAAUGACGCCAUCAGAGUGCAACAGGACGUGGAAGUAAGAGCAUCGCCAUGGUAA